AUGACCUCCCUACUCCCCUCCUCACUCUCGCGGCCGCAUACGACAACGACCACAGACUCGCGACUGCUGACCAACUUGAUCAAGACUGAGCGAAACUACAUCAAUCACCUCUCCUCUGCCGUUGGCUCUGCGCGCACUGCCGCCUCUGCGCUAACUGCAUGGGGCACGGCCGAAGCGCCAGAUAUUGCUGAAGCUUCCGCUCAGCUUGCAGGACUCUUCGACAAUGCGGCAGAUGUGCAAGAGACGCACGUAAGCGCAAUCGAGGGCUACCGCACCGCGCUCAAAGAUGUAGCCGAUCGGGAAGCCAGCAUCCGCAAUGUCGUGCGAGAUCGCGACAUCCUGGUAGGCAGAUUGAUCAAGGCUUCCAAGGCCAGCUCAAGCAGCAAGCGCUCACCAGAAGAGAGGGCUGAAAAGGUCGCUCACGCCCAGCGAGAAUUGAGCGCAUGCGAGGAAGUGCUGCAAUUCGAAGAAGCUGCUCUGGUCGGCGUCAAGAGAAGAACAUUCAAGGAGGCCCUGACCUUGCGCUGCAAGACCAUGGGAGACGCUGGUGCUGCUAUGGUGGACGCGGCCAAAUCCGCCAUUCUCCUGCUCAACGACUUUGACUCUAGCGAUGUGUACCAGCCCACCAAUUCCGGCAUCGGUUACGGAAACGGGCAGCACGGGCGCAAUGACAGCAUCAAUAGCUGGAAUCAAUACGGAGACGGGCCAGAGGGUGUAGAGGGUGAGUAGAAAUGCUGCCUGGCGCAUCCCUAGCGCUAGCUUGACAUAGCAAGCUUGCCGGGCUCAUCGUGCUUCCUUGCCCCUUCAACUCGCGCAGAGUCUCGACACAACCAUCCCGCCUUCGAAAACAACAGUGUCACGCCAUCGCAGUCCGCAUCGCAGACGAACAGACCUGGAAACACGGGCGUGAAUAGCUACGCCAACCGGUUCAAUGACAUUGGCGAGGACGAAGAUGGGGAGCGCGGUCCCGUUGACGCACUCCAGGCAAGCGAUGACAGCGACGACGAAGAGGCUUGGCAACACGCAUACCGUAACGCCGACAGGCACGAGGGUGGUGGCGCGCACUCGUCGACCCUACCCCCUCCACACAGACUUGACGCCAAUGUGGGAGCCACAGCGCAGCCGUUCAUGCCCCCUGCUCAGUCCUCGAAAGUCAAGCCAAUCAAUGGCUCUAGCGCGUCUCUGAACGGGAGUGCCGCCAAGGGGUCUGCUCCGUCAGUCCCCAAGAAAGAUCGACCCACUCAGCGAGCGAACGCGGCACCUAUCCCAGCACGCGAGCACGACUUAAACAUUGUGCCAAUGCCUGCUGUUCCGACUGCCCCGCGCUUGAAACUGGAUGGCACGAACCUUGGUGCUGUGCCGACAGCACCCCGCCUUUACCCGCGAAGCGACGCGCCCGGUGGGGAUGACUCUUCAUCGGAGGGCGCACCAACACACCAGCAUCGCGGAGGCGGCUGGCAGGCUCGGCCAGAGUCCCGCACGGCACGUAGAAAUGCGUCGAGCGAUGAUGAGACCACCGCGAAAGGCAGCUCUCGGCCAGGCGCAAAGCGAGGCGGCAGCUUCUUCGGCCGUGUAGGCAAGCUCUUCAAGACAGACGUCAAGGGCGAGCCAAUGCCUAGUCAUCCGCCAUCUCAAGCCAAAACUCAGGCUCAGGGUAGUCAACGGUCUGGCGCAGGAUGGGAUACGCGCACAGACGCCGCGCUGCGGAAUAGCCAAGGCCCAUCUCGUCGACAAAGCCUGCUUCGCCCCCUGCCAGGAGCGCCUCGUGCGGGUGCCGAGAACGCUAGCUCGGACGAUGAAGAGAAUCCCAAGAAUUUAGUCCGACACGUCAACCGAGAUCGUCCACUCUGGCGCAACGACGAGAAAGCUUCGAGCGAUUUGGGGGGCGUGUCAGCCAAGGUGGCGAAACGCAUGAGUCUACGCCGCCAACAUAGCAUCAACGCUGGUCCGCUCAGCACGAAACAGAUGGAGGAGGAAGCACGGAUCAGAGAGGCAGCUCGCUUGAGUGUCAUCGGUGCAGGCAUCGCAGGCAAUGCCAAUGCCAAUGCUUCGAACGCUACGCUGACGCCUGGCGAGAAGACCAAGAAGAAGAAGAAGAAGAGCAAAGCAAACACAGAGACUGGGAGCGAGAUCGGCACUGCUCCGACACGCACCGCGUACUCAUCCGGCCCUGCUGCGUCGCGACCAACCAGCAUGGUUGUACCCGGCGCCGUCGGUUCAGGUCUGAGUCGCAGUGGCAGCGUCACUCCCUCUGUACGUCGAGACGUUGCUAGUCUGGCCCGUGGAGACUCGAUCCGCUCUAGCGCUUCAGGAACCGUGCGAGAGUCGAAGGCAAAGAAGCGCGGUAGCAUCUUGCCAGCCCACCGCGAAGGGGGUGGGAUCGCUAAUGCCAGCGGCGCUCUCGGCGCUUUUAGUCCUCAAGACCCUCAAGGAAAAUACACGACGAGCUCUUGGGUCGCCAAGCAUCCUGACGAGAAGCCAAGUCAAAAUUUUAAGGGGUCUCCAAGCCUCACCGGAAAGACGGCGGCCGAAAUUGCUGCUCAAGUGGGUGUAGUACCAAAAGUUGCCGCUGCGAGUGCUCCCACUGGUCCACCAUUGAGCUCCCCAACGCCGCGCCGAGCGCAGAAGGAGUCGACGUCCACCACCCAGAGCGACGUAGAGCCACCGCUUCACGUGCCUCAGCCUAGUCGCACCAUGAGCCCACCUUUGAAGCCAGCGCUCAAGGUCCCUUCGGGUUUGAGCAGGUCAGGUAGUCUCUCAAACGCAACUUCAGCUGCAGUGCGUCCUCAAAUGCCGCCGGUGCCAUCAGCGCCCCCUCUUGCGACCAGUCUGCUCCACAGCGCCACUGCCAAUGCUGCUGCGCAACGCACUGCAUCGCCCGCGCCUCCCCGCCUGCCAGAGGUCUCCCAGAGCUCGCCAAUUCGAUCUACUACGACUGGCACUGAAUUGAGCCUUGGACAGGACGACCGCUUCGAUGGAAGCGGUACCCUUGGGGAGCUACCUGGCGUGGGAGCGCCUGGCGUACCGUCCUCAGACAAAGUGCUCAGCCCAUCUUCUCGCCGGGGUGUCGAGUUGCCCCAGAUUGACAUGCCGCAAAGCGAGCCUUUCCGUGUGGAUAUUGCAGGUAACGGCCCCACCUUGGCUGAUCGCCGCGGCUCUACACCUGGCUUUUCGGACAAUCAGGCGUUCUUCACUCCGGGUGAAGCCGCAGCACUUGAGAACUUCUUCAAUACCCCUGCGCCCGAGACGACAGAUGAUCUCGUUCAAGCCCAACAUCCUCCCGGGGUGCACCAGGGCCAACCUGAAGGGGUGACACGCCAGACUGUGGAGAGAAAACGGCUAACCCCAAGCAGGACGUACUCCUCAGGAGGUACACCACUGCAUGCUGAUACAAGCAGCAGCGCAUCAGGGACCGAGCCUGGUCCUGGCGCGUUGCAGCACGCGGGACUGCCGCAACCCACUGCAUCUGUCACUUCCACUAUCGCCAAUGCUGUGCCGAUCGCUCCUUCAAGCACACUUGCUGCACCCCCAGUCAACGUCGCGACCUCAGACACCUCCACUGUGGAGGGCUCUGGCGUGAGCAGGCGCAAGUCGGUUCGCAUGGCGCCUGACGUUAAGCUGCCGCCAGAGACGCCAACGCCUGGGGUUGAAGCGCAAGACUACCUGUCGAGAGCCCAAGCGCGUGCGCCUGGUUCGUCCCUUGUCGGCUCCCUUCCCCGCAUCGCCCCUCCACCCACUGCUCCGCCGCGCAUUUCCGACUCUAUCAGGAGUGCCGCCGACUACCAGCCAGUCCAUCUCGAGGACUCCACGCCAGCCAGGCAGCGCGCUUCCUGGUCCUCUAGACUGGAUGCUCGACCCGCUGCCGAUGACUCUAGUUCUGACGAAGGCGAUGGACUAGACUCGUACGCGAGCGCGCGCAAAGCGUUCGGAAGCGCAAGUCGUCAUUUGGGCAAGGCUACCGGCAUCACCGGCUCGGCUUCUAAAGGCAAAAGGAACGAGACGGAAUCUCCCAGGAAAAAGAAGAGCAAAAAGACCGAGAAUCAUGGAUACAACACUUCCGUACCUCUUCCUGCUGGUCUGCAAGUGGUCGGACGCAGCAACAGCGUGCGGAGCAAGAAAUAG